AUGACAACCUCCCUAUGUCUCAAACCUGGAGACAUAAAGCGUUUGAUGUCAGAUAAGCUUGCCGAUGUGCCCUCCAAACCCAAAGGCAAGCAGGAAGCCAAGCAACACGAGAUCGUGAUAGAUGGUAAAACGUAUCGAUCUGUCAAUACAGCUACUAUCCGUUACUCUGUUACUAAUCAUAUCAACACUCGUAAGAAACAACUAGGUCUCUGUGAUCAAGGAGCCAAUGGUGGAAUUGCUGGUGAUGAUGUCAUCAUCCUGUCAAAGACAAACCGUUCUGUUGAUGUCCAAGGCAUAGAUAACCAUCAAGUGACGGAUGUGUCCAUUGUAACUUCAGCUGGAUACACUGACACACAGCGCGGUCCUGCUAUUUUGAUCAUGAACCAGUUUGCAUCUAUCGGUAAAGGGCAGUCCAUCCUCUCCAGCCCACAGAUGGAGCAUUUUGGCGUUGAGGUAGACGACCGAUCAUCCAAGGUAGGAGGCAAACAGCGACUCUCUACCCCAGAUGGUUGGGUCAUUCCUAUGGAGAUUGUCAAUGGACUUCCAUACGUCCGUAUGAGACCACCGACAAAACGUGAACUUGAUACACUACCACACAUUGUCUUAACUUCUGACAAGGACUGGGAUCCUAGUGUACUGGAUUCCAAGCUGGAAGACUUUGAGAAAUGGGCCGAAUCCAUCCCUGAUGAUGGAUCUGAAGAAGGCGAGAGACCGUUUGAUCGAGUCGGUAUCCUUAAGAGUAUAAGACUGUCACUACUCUCAAGGAUGAAUCCCUAUUGGACCAGGCUCUUGAUUUCUUUGAAUCGUUUGACUACGUUGCACCAACUGACGGACUAUACGAGGGACAAACCCCGGGAUUACUACAUUUUGACGGAGGUUCUUUAUCCAGGCAUUGACUUCAUGGGGAUGUUCAAGUUUGCGACUACAAGGUUGUACGGUUCUUGCACCCUGUUCAAACUGCUCUUGUCCAUCAAGGCCACUCCGGCCCAGGCUGAUCAGGCCUCCACAGCUGCCAAAGACAGACCCCUAACACCUGCCGACGACAACUCAUCUGAAGAGGAGGACGAUGAAUCCCAGGAGGGAGCGGGUUCCCUGUCCGGACCAUUCACGAAGGUGACAAAGAAGAAGGUGAAGAAGAAGAAGUCGCUCAUUUCCGAUAACCUAGAGAAUCAUUUUCUCAAAGAUCUAUCCCUGGCACAACGCAAGCUGGCUGAAGCUACCGACCGCAAACUGAAGAACGAUAUUGAUCGCCAUAAGGCGGGACCACUCUUCCUGAUGAUCCUUCCUGGUGAAAUGGAAGGCUCUUACAUCUUUGUAUGCCGCAAGAAGUACGGUCAGUUAGCUCAAAACGUGUUGAGAGGGAUAGUUCCGUUCUUAUUUCAUCACCUGUGCAAACUUACCAAUAUGCAAGCUGAUCGAGUCUUGGGUAAAUGGAUUCCCAAAUCUGAGAUCCAGGCGACGUGUCGUAAGUGUUUGGUAUGGUGCACCAACACACUACGCGCUAUUGAGGCCUCUGAUCAGUUGACCAAGGUGGAGGAAGCUCUGGAGUUUUUGGACGAUGUGAUCAAAGACACCACCGAUGUCUACCAAGGUCAACUCUUGAUUGAUAUGGAUAUGGCAAACGCCAAGGAUAUUGACAAUUGA